GGUAGGGAAAGGGAGGGGGGGAAGGAAGCCGUUCAGGUUCCAGAAGACAGCGGAGUGGAGUGCGAGAAAAUAAAAGCAGGGAGCGUCGAGAGAAGGCGGCCCGCGAGUGCACGGGCCGAACUGUGGACUUCAUUGACGUGCUUAGCGCGAGGAAAAAAGAAGAAGGAGGACCCCCUUGGGCGUUUCAUGCUUGUGUGCGAGUGGACGGUAGAGUGUUAAUGGAGAAGGGGCGUAUAGGCGCCAUGAGUGAAUGAUGGAAACAGCACCUCGGAGAUCCACGGGUCGUGCUCGUCGUGGAGGCGGUGGCGUCGGAAUGUCUUGCGGUGCCAGGAUGUGGCAUGAAGCCCGGAAGCAUGAGCGCAAGCUCCGUGGAAUGAUGGUGGACUACAAGAGAAGAGCAGAGCGUCGCCGGGAGUACUAUGAAAAGAUCAAAAAAGACCCUGCUCAGUUUCUGCAGGUCCAUGGCCGAGCUUACAAGAUCCACCUGGACCCUGCUGUGGCCAUGGCUGCAGAAAGUCCAGUAAAUAUGAUGCCAUGGCAAGGUGAUGCAAACAAUAUGAUUGACAGAUUUGAUGUACGUGCUCAUCUUGACUACAUUCCAGCCUAUAAUCCACCUCUUCUAACUACAAUAACUCCAGAGCAGGAGGCUGAUGAAAGAAAGUGUAACUAUGAGCGAUACAGAGGACUGGUACAGAAUGACUUUGCAAGCAUUUCAGAGGAGCAGUGUCUGUAUCAAAUAUACAUUGAUGAGCUUUAUGGUGGCCUUCAGAAAAGUGGUGAAGAAGAAAAGAAAAAGUUAGCAGAAAAGAAAGUGUCUAUUGGCUACACCUAUGAAGAUAGUACUGUGGCUGAUGUGGAGAGUGCAUCAGAGAAAGGAGAAGAUUCGGAUUCUGAGAGCAGCGAAUCUGAAGAUGAACUCAUUCCUGAUAUUGAUGUGGAAGUGGAUGUGGAUGAGCUGAACCAGGAACAGAUUUUAGAAGUCAACAAGCUAGCAACCUCCUAUGGCAUGGCAGAAGGUGAUUUUGUCAGAAUGUUGCGUAAAGACAAAGAGGAGGCCGAAGCAAUCAAACAUGCGAAAGCUUUGGAAGAGGAAAAGGCCAUGUAUUCGGGCCGACGCUCACGCCGGCAGAGAAGAGAGUUUCGUGAGAAACGUCUCAAAGGUCGUCAGAUUAGUCCUCCAAGCUAUGCAAGGAGAGACAGCCCAACUUAUGAUCCCUAUAAAAGGUCACAAUCUGAAUCGAGCUCAGAAUCACGCUCAAGAUCACAUUCAAACAGCCCAAAUCAGGAGGAGAAGAUCACAUUUAUCACUAGCUUUGGCGGAAGUGAUGAUGAGGGGGGCCAACAUACAGCCUCUGGGAGAACCCCAUCUUCCAAAAACUCUAGCGCACCAGCGCCAUCUGCUGCCACAGGUCAUAGCAGCUCCUCCCGGAGACGAGCUACAUCUUCCUCUGCUUCAUCCUCAUCAUCAUCGUCUUCAUCUCGGUCAAGGUCCCGCUCUAGUUCACGGUCACGAAGGAGUCAUCGUCGAAAUAGCCGACGUUCUAGAUCACGUUCCCGUACUUGGCGCCAUUCUCGUUCUCGCAGCAGGGGAAGACGCUAUUCAGUUGGAGGCAACUCCCGAGAUGGCCGUCGUAGAUCCCGCUCUCGUUCUAAUGACAGAGGACGUCAUUACUCUUCACGUAGACGAAGCAGGUCUAGAACCCGAUCACGAUCAAUAGAUCGGUAUCGCAGAGGAGGCCGUGGUGGGGCCCGUCGUCGAAGCAGCAGUAGGAGUGGGAGUGUAUCCCCCUGCCGAAGCCGUUCCUCCUCUCCCUCAGACAGGGACAAGGAGCGGGACAGGGCCAGGCCCCCUGCAGCUUCUCAGAACCUUGGGGACAAACUGAGAAAGCCUGAAAAUGCUGGUGGUAAAGAAACUGGAGCUGCCAAACCAAAGCUCACACCCCAAGAGAAACUGAAGCUAAGAAUGCAGAAGGCGCUUAAUAAACAGUUCAAAGCUGACAAGAAAGCUGCUCACGAGAAGUUACAGCAACAGGAGCACGAGAGACAGGAACGUGAAGAUGAACUCCGUGCCAUGGCUCGCAAGAUCAGAAUGAAAGAAAGAGAAAGGCGGGAGAAAGAGAGAGAAGAAUGGGAGAGACAGUUUGGUCGCCAAUCACGGUCUCCUUCCCCAAAGUACAGCAGCCGAGAGCACACAGCUUCAAGAAGGCGGUCACGUUCUCGUUCCAGAAGUCCUCAUUAUCGCUACUAAACUGCCAUGAACUGGUCCAGAAAACUGUACAAAAAGAACUUGCUGACAUGAGGAAGAUUCUGAUGUUAACAUUUUUCAAUCUAAUGAUUCACUGUAGUGUUGUAUAUAUGAUGUUGAACAAUGUUUUGGAUACCCAUGCCACAAAUUUCAUGCUGUAAAUACCAUUUGGAAUAAACUGCUCCCUUUCAAGACCACCAUUGGUGGACAGCUGCUUUAAAUUUUUAUGACAAUUUUGACUAAUAUCUUUUGAUGUGCACUACAAGCUUAAUGUUUUCAGGUCAACCAAUCCAUCAGUAACUCCUGACCUCCUUUCCUUUAUGCCAGUCUAAGCAGCUUGUGUAUAUCUUUAUUAAUAUAAAUUGUCAUUUUUGUAUUUGCUCUAACUGAAGAUUUAUCUUUGGUACACUUAGAAAAGCUUUACUUUCUGGAAGUGUUGAGCUGUUUCUUGCUUUGUAACAUCUCCAUCCUAAAUGUGACAUUUUGUAAUAAAAUGUAAGAAAA